UUCCACAAGCACCUCGCAACACCACAUAAAGCCCACUGCCACCAUUACGCAGGACGAUGGCAAUUGAAAAGCAAAGGCACAAGAUCGGAAUAAAUAGAAGAAGAAAGAGCAAGUGAAAAAGUGAGGAAGAGAAAGAGGUGCGAGGUAGACUACUACAAAAUGGGUGUGGACUACUACAAGAUUCUGCAGGUUGAUAAGAAUGUUACGGAGGAAGAUUUGAAGAAGGCUUACAGGAAGCUAGCGAUGAAGUGGCAUCCUGAUAAGAACCCCAACAACAAGAAAGAAGCUGAAGCCAAAUUCAAACAAAUUGCUGAAGCCUAUGAGGUUCUCAGCGAUCCACAAAAGAGAACUGUAUAUGAUCAGUAUGGAGAAGAGGGCCUAAAGGGUCAGGUGCCACCGCCUAAUGCCGGUGGCCCAGGCGGAGCUUCGUUCUUUUCGACCGGUGAUGGUCCUACGACGUUUCAAUUCAAUCCUCGAAGCGCUGACGACAUUUUCGCUGAGUUUUUCGGAUUCUCGAGCCCGUUUGGAGGGAUGGGAGGUCGCGGUGGAGGCAUGAGAGGGUCGAGGUUCUCAAGUGGGAUUUUCGGUGAUGAUAUAUUUGCAUCUUUUGGGGAAGGAGGAGGAGGGUCUAUGAAUCAAGGUGCUCUUAGGAAGGCCCCUCCAAUUGAGAUCAGGUUACCAUGUAGUCUUGAAGAGUUAUAUAAGGGGACUACCAAGAAGAUGAAGAUCUCGAGAGAAAUUGCUGACAUCAGUGGCAAGACCAUGCAAGUGGAGGAAAUCCUUACCAUUGAUGUGAAACCUGGUUGGAAGAAGGGCACAAAGAUCACCUUCCCUGAAAAAGGGAAUGAGCAGCCAAACGUUAUCCCUGCAGAUAUUAUAUUUAUCGUUGAUGAGAAGCCCCACAGUGUGUUUACUCGCGAUGGAAACGACUUGAUCGUCACCGAGAAUGUUUCGUUGGCAGAUGCCUUAACAGGUUACACUGUCCAGCUGACCACUCCCGAUGGUAGAAACUUAACAAUUCCAAUCAAUAAUGUGAUUAAUCCAGAUUAUGAAGAGGUUUUACCUAGGGAAGGAAUGCCAUUGCAGAAAGACCCAACAAAAAGAGGCAACUUGCGAAUUAAGUUCAACAUCAAGUUCCCAAGAAGGCUUACCACAGAGCAGAAAACUGGGGUCAAGAAACUCUUGGGUCAGUGAGCAAGUAAUAUGCUCGGCCAAAAUGCAGCACUUGUGUGAAUAUAAAAGUUUUGUAUCUUAGAUGGUUAUACUUGUUUUAGUCUCAUAGAAUUUACGGAGGUUGAUGUUAUUAAAUACAAAUGACUAGUGUCAUCUUUUCCCUGGUUUUUAGCGUCUCGUUUGUAAUUUGACACGACAAUUUCCCGUUCAUGUCUUCGGAAUGAUUGGAUUUUGGUUGGUUGUUU